AUGAAGACGCAGCCCCUUCCCUUGAUGCCUCGGUUGGCACUUGCCGGUAUCGUAUCCCCUCGUGUGGCCCCCACCAUAUCCAAAGAGUUGAUGGACACUGAUCAAGCCAACGACAGCUUCUCAGCGAGAAACGAGGCUCACAAUAAUCAGGAAAGCGUUCUUGCGACGAACUCGAACCAGGAUGAAACAGACUCCGUCGUGUCCUUCGAGUCAAUGGGAACCAUUGAGAGCUUUGCUCCUGAUCGCUACUCAUUUGUUCCAAACCAAGUAGAUAUCCUGAUCUUCUCUGAGGACAACGAACGGCUGAUGCAAGAAGAUGCCGUUGAAACCGUGUUGAUGCAGCACACCGAACCGACUAAGACCGUUUCUCAUGACUUUCAUGGGGCGACAUCAGAUUCUCAUUUCAUCUCGGACUCCGAAUCAGAGACUGGGUCGAGGACGGGAGGCCCCAGCCAGUCGCUGGCUGCGCUAUAUACCACCCCAGUCCACAUUGCCAUUGCUCAAGGGACUGCCCUCUCUGUUCUCAAAUUGAUCGUUCAAACAGGUCCUUCCGUGUUGCUGAAAAGGGAUGGUCCUCACGGCCUGACGCCCUUGGCCCUGUCACUGGAAACAAACCCGAGAGACAAACAAUUGCAUCGGUACCUGCUUGAGACACAGCCCAAGGCAGCCCGCCUAGCUAGCAGCUACGGACAAAAGCUCCCUCUCCACAUUGCCUGUCAACAGCAAGUUGAUAUCCAGGUCUUUAUGGCCUUGAUUCAAGCCAAUCCAUCUGCCCUAUACCAUUCCAACAGCAAAGGGUUGACUCCUUUGGCCAUUGCAUGCAAUCAACCGGAAUCAUCAUUGUUCCGUCAACAAGUCCUCCAGUUGCUUCGGUGA